CUGUUCAAGCGAACCACUAACUGGCACACUUACAAAACAUUUUGGGAGGCUGUAAUAUCAAAAUUUACAAUAAAGUUGUAAGAGUCAUCGUUUGGUCGCGUUUCGGCCCUAAAUUUCAGAAGUUCAUGCAAAGGGAACAAUGGCCACUAAACUGAAAGUUUGCAUCAUUGGCGCUGAGGGCUGGGGCACGGCCAUUGCAUCUGCUGUUAGCAAGAAUGUCCUGAACUUUAAGGGGGACUUUGACGAGCGCGUGCAUAUCUAUGUCUAUGACGAUCCGAUUCGCAACAGCCUCCUGUCCGAGGUGAUAAACCAAACUCAUGAGAAUGUCAAGUAUCUGCCUGGCAUCAAGCUUCCCAAGAACCUGGUUGCCGUGAAUGAUCUUUUGGAAGCUGCUCAGAAUGCAGAUAUUUUGAUAUUCACAAUGCCGCACACUUUCGUCAAGUCCUACUGCAAUAUCUUGGCAGGCAACGUCAAGGAGACUGCCUUUGCCGUGUCCAUGAUCAAAGGGCUGAUGCAGGAGCGGGAGGAUGAGGUGGUGCUCGUGUCGGAUACCAUCAGCGAAUGUCUGGACAUUCCUUGCUACUCGAUGAUGUCUGCCCAAAGCUCAAUGGAGAUGGCACAGGGGAAGCUGUGCGAGAUCACUGUGGGCUGUGAUGAUGACAUCGACGCCCAGCUCCUUACCGCCGUCCUGCAAACGAACAAUUGCCGCGUGAUAUCAAUCAGUGAUGUCACUGGAGUGGAGCUAUGCGGCACGCUCAAUGAAAUCAUCAGCCUGGGAGCGGGCUUCGUUGAUGGCCUACGCUUGGGCGACAAUACCCGGGUGGCCACUAUCCAUCUGUGCGUCAAGGAGAUGAUGCGGUUCAUUAAGACGUUCUUCCCAUCAACCAAAAUGUCCACAUUUUUCGAGACUUGCGGGAUCGCAAACUCGGUGGCCGCUACCUAUGUUGACAAGAAUGUAAACUUUGCCCAGAGCUUCAUCACAACUGGCAAGACAUUCGAGGAAAUGGAAGCUACCUUCCUGCACGGUCGCAAGUUAUUGGGACCCCUGGUGGCUGCCGAAGUGAAUGUCUUUCUGGAGAAAGGUUUAAUGCAGCACGAAUUUCCCUUGUUUACGGCUAUCCAUAAGAUAUGCCAGAACGAAGCGCCGCCGGAACUGAUGAUAGACGCCCUGCGAAAUCAUCCAGACCUCAGCAGCUCCUCCAUGUCACAUUUACUGAGCAAUGAGCCGGAGCCGGAGCAUGCACAGGACAAAGUGGAUCAGAUGCUGGAACAAGUGGCAGACGCUCUGCCCAAACUGAGGUCAUGUCUGGACAAGAUUUUAAACGAGGCCAACAGUCCAAAUUUAAGGAAUCUGAAGGUAAUAGACGACUGGGCGCAGGUUGACGAAACGGAGGACAUUCCCAGUCAACUGAGUGCGGAAGCCUCCAAGGUUCGUGAUGAAAUUCAAAAAGGUAAUGUGCAGGUGGCCUUCAAGAUGGACGCCAGCGAGGGCGGUCGGCACGUCCGUCUCCUCUUACAGGAGUCGCCAGAAAAAUGCGCCACAGAGUCGGGGAUUUCAUCCGGAUUAGAGAUAGGUGCAAAUAAGUUGGUUUAUGGUCACUUCUUGGACUCUUCACCCGAAAACAUGGCAAACAAAAGCAUUUACAUUGACAACACCAUGAAUGAUUCUCCCGAUGUCUUGGACCUGAGUACCAUAGACACGAGUGAGCAAAUGGCUCAAGAGGAGGUUGCUAGCAUUUCGGAUGAGGCCAAUUUUAAGGUAAAAGAAAGUCUCAUAAAAUCCAUCAGGCAAAGAAUAGAAGCACUCGUAAAUAAAGAUAAAAUGGAAAACUUAAUUGCCAAAAGUCGAAGGGAGGAUGAGAACUUGCCCACUGCUCGAUAUCAUCAGGAUGAGAUUCAAUCUCCAGACGAAACCGUAGAAAUGCGUCCGGUCAAAAUGAAUGCCGAAACAGACGCCCUAAAUGAGCAUAUGCUUUCUGAUUUUCACGAGCAGAACCCUGUUGGGUUACGCCUUCACGAUGAUGUAGAGGCUGCACUAGAUGAGGUACCAGCUCUUGACCAAAAGAAUCUAUCUUCCAUCAGCGAGAAUACAGAGCUCGACGAUCCAGUGGGAGAUUCCCCCAAGCUCUCUGAAAUGGGAGGUGAAAUAGGUGCUGCCUGGGAAGAUAUUGCCAAGCACGGGAGACUGUUGGAUGUGGAUAAGGCAGAGCUCCCACUGAGGGGAAUGGACGAACACCGUCUGGCUACAAUGGGUGAUCGGAAGCCAAACCAGAACCUAAAUGUGGUCAACGUGCGACACUUCAGAAACAAAAAGAUCGACGAUGCUGGCCGCUACGAGUGGGAUUGGAUGCGGAAUCAAGAGGUCGAUACCGACGAGUCCCAAGCCAACCAAAGGGAUGAAAUACUCAGCAAAUCGGACCAGGAUCGGCUGGACAAACUGAAUGUUCAGCUUCAGGAAGCAUUGCAGCAGGACUUUGGCGUGUUGUCUAUGAUCCAUGAUGAUGCGCCCAAUGAGAAACUGGGGCAGAAUACAGACUUGGAGACCCAAUCUGAUAAUAAACACAUCCCGCAUGAACCUGUUAUACCGUUCCCCCAGAGGUUCCCAGCUCCCAAGAAACAGUUCCGCGAGGGUACGCCUGAUAUCUACAAUCAGCCGGGCUCUGUUCCUCCGCCGAUGCGCAAAUCUAAUCCGGGCAGACCCAAAAAAAUGCAACCCCAACGCAAUAUUCCGCCCGUCGUGCAUCAAGUAAAGCAGCCAGACCAGCCGGAUCCCAAGGUUACAAAUAUCUAUGAGACAGAACCACCGAGCGACCUGAGGUCUGUGUCAGAACUAACGGAAUCCCAGGAAGUCAUCACUUGCUCCGACGAACGUCCUACCACGCCCAAAACAGAGGAUAACCGAACAGAUAUAGAAUUCGACAAGUUCAAGUUAAGCAGACCAGGUAGGAACUCCAACAGUGUCAUCCGGAGGGGAAGAGAUCGCCAGGUGGACUAUCGGGGCCAGAAUCCUUUCACCCUGGAUCGGGAACUGGAAUCGAAGCUUACAAUGGACACCAGCUACGAUAGGGAAAUCGGCAGGGAUGGCCUGAGUCAUCAGCGUCGAAGAGUCAUAAUGCCACCUCCCUUUAAUCCCCCCCUCAAUCCACGAGUGCCCGUGCCACAACCUCCCUUCGAUGUCAGGGAUCAGGAGUACCACACGAUGAUAGCGAGGCCAGCGAUUAAUCCCUUAGCUCAGGCUACCAAGUGGCCCCUAUCGCCUAAAGCCCAGAAACUUCCUCUGUUGGCCACCAUCCAGGUGAAGCCAAGCCAAGGGCUGGCCACGUCGCGACCCUUGCUACAGAUUCCAUCUGGAGUGCCCCGCACGCCCACGCUAACCAAGAUCCUCUGUGCCCUGCAGAUUGGCCUGCUGGCCACCUAUUUGGCCCGCUCCAAGAAGAAUUGAUUCCCAAAUCCGGCGCCUCCAUUCCCCAGAAGCUAUACCUAACCAAUAAGAACAUAUUUGUUUUAUUAAAAAUAAAAAAGGCUAUACUUUCUA